AUGGGUUUUUCAAAGAAGUCCCAAGUGGAUGGAGGCCUAGAAUCCGAAGGCAAGAAGUGGGUAAUCGCCGGAAUCUCAGUACGAACCUCGUUAAAGCCGAUAAACACGAAACUGAGAGCUAAAGAAAGCGAAGCUGGAGAAGAAGAAGAGGCAUCUUCAACAACCCCAACAGCCAAAGAAGCCAGAAUACCUGAGAUUUUUUCAUGCCCGCCAGCCCCAAGAAAAAGCCGGCCUCCUUCAAGAUGUAACUUCAAUGGUGUGAGGGAGUUCUUUACCCCACCUGAUUUGGACUCAGUGUUCAAACUCCAUGUUGAGAAGGCAAAUUGA